UACUCCUUACGUCUACUAUUUAUUCAUAAUUUUAUAUAUCUGCAGAAUGGCUGAAGGGGGUGUUUUACCAUCUUUAAAAGAUGGUUCUGAUGCGGAUUUCGAGAUAACGUGUACACCUUGUGGAGAAGACAGUGUGAGAGAAGAGGCCAUCAAGUAUUGUCAAGAAUGUCAAGAAUAUUUAUGUGCAAUGUGCACCAAAUAUCAUGGUCGACUCAAAGCUACAAGAGCCCAUAGACUACUUGAUAAAGAUAAUGACAGACAGAGCUCUUUUGUUGCUAAGACAAGAUGCCGUUAUCAUCCGGAUAGAGACAUUGAGAUGUAUUGUGAAGCACAUGAUAUGGUGUAUUGUACUUUGUGUAUAGCCACAGAACAUAGACCUUGUGACGGCGUUAACAAAAUAGAAGACAAGUUGGAAUCGUCUGUUAAUCAAACUGAGAUUCAUCGAGUGCUAGAUGAAACCAAGAACGCACUAGAAACCAUUAAAACUGUGGUAGUCAAGCAACAGAAGAAUAUAGUUUCUCUCGAAGAGGAAAGAAACGCCACACAGGACAAGCUGGAAGAUGUUAAGACAAGCCUGGUAGAACAUAUCCUUAAACUGAAGAAGGAGACAUCUGACUCUGUAGACAAAAUAUAUGCCAAGACGAAAGAAGAACUUGAGUUUGAAAUUAAUGUAUCAACUAACAUGAUAAAAAACUUGGAGAAAAUGUUAGAACUAAUGCAAUUAGUUCAUAAUUUGGACGCAGGACAACAGUUCAUUCAGAUGAAACUGGUGAAGAUGAAUUUAACAGAUGCCAACAAGUUACAUUCCAACAGUGAAUCAAAUGGAACAAAAUCAGUUUGUUUCACAGAAAACACUGAUUUGAUAACCUCCGUAAUGACAGCAGUUGCUUUUGGAGACGUGCGUGAAGGAAGUGAGAACAGAAAACCAUCGAAGCCAAAGAAGUACAAAAUGAAGUCGAAGAAAGAGGUCAAUGUAAAACUGGGAACCAGUCUUCGAAUUUGGCCACUAGUCCGAAGCCCGAGGCUAGUAAAAAUUUUUCGUGAAGACUGGGGAACUGACAAAAAUACAUGUUUUAUUUCUGAUGUUUGCCAACAUCAGGAUGGUACAAUCCUGCUGACUGACAGUGAUAACAGAAAUGUUAAGAGGCUAAAGAGUAACUACAAGCUGAAGGACAAUUGUGACCUAGAUGCAAGUCCAAAGAACAUAUGUUUCAUUAGUAAGAACGAAGUAGCUGUCAAAAUGAACAAUAACACCAUCCAGUUCAUAGAUGUUAGUAAUACCAUGUCUAAAACGAGAUGUAUAGAUAUAGUUUCGGGGGGUCAGUUUGGACUUGCAUUUUGUAUGGGAGAGCUAUGGACAUCUGGAAGAGUGGGUGUUAACGUGUACAGUACUACAGGAAACCUUGUUAAGUCUAUUGACAAUAAUCAGAAUGUUCAGCCGAUAUUUAAAUCGGGAACUCAGCACAUGGCUGCCAGUGGUGAUAGCGUUCUCGUGACAGAUAGCAGUGAUGGUGCUGUCUGUUUAAACAACGACGGUACGAUACGGAGGGAACUACGUAGUAGUGGACUGAAAUACACCCGAGGUGUCUGUGUAUCCGACGAUGGAAUCGUACUACUCUGUGGAUUUAGCUCCAACAAUAUCGUGAUGUUCAGCAGCGAAGGAAAAUAUCUUGGAGAAUUAGUGGCGCAAGAUGUUGGAUUGAAGAGCCCUAUCAGUCUGUGUUAUGAUGUUAAUAAGCACAGUGUAAUUGUAACAUGCAGUUUUUCUAACGCCAUAAGUGUAGUUGAACUUGGAGAAUAAAAAGCAUUCCUCCUCCAUAAGUGACACGUUCCUAGGGAGGGACGUUUUGAGUUUUCUAUACAGUUAUGUUUAUGUUCUGAUAUCAAUUAUUUAGUGUGAAUACUACGUGCACAUCUCAUGCUCCAUACCGCAUCUAUCGCGAUAUAUGUAACCGAAUUAUAUUUUGAUAGAUAUUAUAAUUUUGAUUUGUCAGAAUAGAAAAACCACGUCAAUGUUCUAAGAAUACAAAGACAGUUAAUGUAAAUACAUGUAAUUCACAAGUGAUUUUGUAUCAGUUCAGUAAGUACAUAUGACAUAGAUGACGAAGUGCUUAGAACCGUUUCACUCUGAUCCUUGGAGUUGUUUACAGCUGGAGAAACUUAUAUGAAAGACUACCAGGUCAAUUUCCUUUUUAAAUCAAAUACUAUUGUCGUAUGAAGAAUAAUUAUUGUCAGAGAGAGGGUUUCGAAUUCGCAAAUCCCGGCUUUGAUUAGCCAUUAACAGGGAUGGGGCAAUGGAUAAUGGGUAAUGGUAAUGGGCAUUAUUGUUUUUUCAGUAAUGGAACGUAAUGGGUAAUGGAGAUAUUUUCCCCUUACAUGUAAUGGUAAUGCAAUGCAUUAUUGUAAAAAAUGAGGGUAAUGGUCAGUUAGUUUUUCAUUACUUACCUUUACUUUAAAUAUCUAUAAUUAUAUUGAGGGAAUCCAUGCUUUUAUUGUCUUUCAAAUAUAUGUUUCAGAAAAUAAAUUUACCCUCU